AUGCGACACGAUCCCUCUAUUGCAGCUAGAUCGCGCAAGUACUCCAGCUCAGACUUGUCGUCCUCGAGUUCCUCAUACCUGGACAUCUCCAGGCGAUACCCCAAAAACAAACGAUAUGGAGGAAUACUCAAGAGCUUCUUCUCGACUCCCUCCGAACACAAACACCAUUACCGACGCAAGAAGAAGCGGAGAAUAUUUGGAUUUGGAAACUCCUCAUCCUCGAGCGUUAACUCCGACCUAGCUUACGGUACCGGCUUCAUUAAGAAAUCUAAGAGUCGCGGUGCACUCAGCCCGCAGGAAACGAUCCAUGGACCGGCUUACACCGAUGGACGGCGUGCGCAGCCGAAACGCGAAAAGACCGAUGAGGAAAUCAUGGAAAUCGGCCGGAAGUUGGCCCAGAUCGCCAGAGAUCAAAAUGCCCAAGACCUGGCUGCGAUGGGCAGACGUAAGCCCACCUCGUUUGAGGCUACCGUCACUGGCUUCGAUAAAUUCAGGCGGCAAAAUACUGGCGACUCGGUGAGUCGUGGUAUUGGUCCCUCAAGACCCCACGGCGAAUCCUCCCCGGACGACAGCGAGUGGGAGUCUGCUUCAGAAGAUGAAUAUAGUGAUGAUGUGGACUCUGGCCUGGCUUACGGCGCGUCUGCCUCGGCCUUGUCACUGAUUGCGAAUAAGCCGAGCAAGACAAGCAAGCCAUCACAGGUCCCCUUUCAGAAGCCGCCCGAGGAGAUUCGGCCACCUGACCGGAAGAGCUCCGUAGUGGACCCAAAGAUGUUUGGCCCAGUGAACUCUCUGAGAGGCUAUGUCCAGACUCCUUGCGGGUUUGAUAAAAAUCAGCCGCAACCGCCUAUGCCAAACAAGCGCUAUUCCGCACCCGUUGGGCCGAUCACGCCGAUCGAUAGUGCAUCAAUCGAGGCAAGACCGAUGCAAACGGUGUAUGCCGUGCCAACGUCUGAUCCCAGGAUAAUGGGCGUGACCCAUGGUUCUGUUGCAUCCUCUCGGCCCGAUCCAGUACCCAUUCAAGCUCCAAAACCUAUUGCGCCGGUUCCUCAGCGAUUGUAUCAGGAGGACAGGAUCAAGGAUCUGGACCGACGGGAAUCGAAAUCUUCUCGUCGACAAUCAGAUGGUAAGUCUUUAGCUGAGACCGCCGCAGUAGGAGCUGCAGGUGUGGCUGCGGGUAUGGCGAUCAUGUCCGAUCGCAAGGACAAGCGUGAUGACCGGUCGGAUCGUGACCCAGAACGCCGUGACCGGGAGCGCGAAAAAGAGAAACGUCGUCAACGCGAGCUUGAACUCGAACGAGAGAUUGCGAGACGCGAAGCCGAGCUGCGCGAACGUGAAGAGCGCUAUGCGCGGGAGAAAGAACAUCGCCGGUCAAAGCGUGAUAGCAACGUCAAAAUCAUCGACGAGAGGGACCAGAAACGGUCCAGCCGUGAUGAUCGACGGGAUGAUCGCUCCGACAAGCGCUCUGAAACGGACAAGCGUUCCGACAAGAGAGACGCUGAUGUCGAGGUUGAGUAUGAGCGUGAGAAACGCCGGCAGCGUGAGCGCGAACGUGAGAAGAAACGGGAUGAGCCGACUAAUGGCCAUGACCGUGACAAACGGCGCAUCAAGGAUGACCGCAAAGACGACCACAGAGAGAGUCGCAAAGAAGAGCGUCAAGACGCCAGAAGAGUUAGUCAGCCUAGCGAGCCGCCUGCCUUGGAUUAUCGCCGCGUUGAAGACCCGAACCUCCCCGCAAGUAAAGCUCCUAUUGACCCAUUCCAGUUCCAGGUUGAUGAUGACGCCUUCCAAACGCCACUCUACUCCUCUACUCCCAUGCGGCCUUUGACACCGGCAAUCGUCACCGUCGAACGUGAACCAGACUUCUCAAAGUUCGACGACAGGUCAAUUGACGGUGGGAGAAUGAGUAGAAGAGACUCUUUCGAGGAGGAGAUGCGCGAUGCCAAGCACAUCUACGAUGAGACCUCGCAUUCGACAGCACCCAUCGACCCUGCAGCCAUGGCUGCGGCAGUAGCCGUUGUCGAGCGCGAGCAGCGUGAGCACAAACGCGGUCGUGACCCGGAACCCAGAUCACCAAAGGACCCAUCGCAGAGGGAGGAUGCUCAGGCGGAAGCCGAUCGGUACUAUGCUGAACUCCGAACAGCGCGGAGACUUGCUGAAGAGAAGAUCCGCUCUCGGAGCAAUUCUCCAGACGUCACUGACAAGUACAACAAGGAUGAACCGGAGGAACCCAUCAUCCGCAUUGUGACGCCGCCUGAGAUGGACCACAAGGAGAAGAAGACCAGCAAGUACGAUGGGCCAAACGCCGAUGUCCGUAUCGACAACAUCAUCGUUCCCAAGGAGCUUUCCAAGUUCAAGGCUCCUAUUACAUCACCAGACGACACUCAUCUACCAGUUGUGGUCUUCAAAUCUCGCGAUCCUUCUGCCGAGCGCGAGCGACCAUUGCUAAACCUCGUCCUCCCAACUCCAGUUCCCACGCCAACACCUGAGAAGCAAAGAAAAGCCCACAUUGUGGUCAGCCCUGAACCAGAAAAGGAGUCUGUCUCGAAGGAGCCGGAGCCAGAGAGGAAGCGAGCUCGUGAUAUUAGUAUUGGCCCAAGAGGCGAGAUCAUCGAGAAUGAUUCGCCAUCUACCCCUAAAUCUGUUUCUUGGGGAAAAAAUGAAACCAAGCGCUAUUAUCCCGAAUCUCCCGAGCACUCGCGGGAACGAUCAGCGGACGAGCAGGAGCCUAAGGUUGUCGAAGUAGCCAAGUCGCCUAGACCUGCUAAAAAGAGCAGCGGCUGGGGCAUAAUUACGGCAGCUAUCGUCGGUGUUGGUGGUGCAGCAGCCGCCGCCAGUGAUGAUGAGCCAAAGAAGGAGGCAUCAGACCUUGAGAAGGAGAAGCCCAAGCCCGUCGACCCCGAACAACAAGGCUCUCCUAAGCAGCGUACUGUUCUGCCAAAGGGGACAACCCCGAGAAAUCUGGAUGAGGAAGAGCGUGACAUUCCUCCAGCACCAGGGCCGAAGCCGGCCAGCCCCCGAAGCUCGCAGAUGCCGGGUGCUUUUGCUGAUGACUUGGACUUUGCGGCAAGAUUGGCCGGUGGACUACAACAGUCUGGAUUUGAUCCCAAUAUUGUCAUCGACGAUGCUACGUACCGCCGUCGAGACUCACCUCCUGGCUCGAAUGAUGAUUAUCCUCUGUACAAGCAACCGUUUGCCGAGACGGUGACCGACCUUGGAGUCCAUGGAGCUGACGGCUCUAUGGUGUCGAAGUCUGCAUCUGAGCCCGGCUUCAUUCCGAGGGAGGCUGCUGAUUCUCCUACUAGAGACAAAGAUAUGUCGGUGGAUGACAUUGAUAUCCCUUCAAAAUCCAGCAAGAAGGAGCGAAGAAAGCAGGAGAAGGCAUCACGUAGGCGCUCUGGUGACGAUUACAAAGACAUCGAAGUAAUCGAGGAACCGGAGGAAGAGCCAAAGGCCAUCCCCGAAUCUGAGCCUGUCUUUGAGCCGGUAAAGCUCAGUAAGAAAGAGCAGAGAAAGAAAGACAAGGCUGCGAAAGCUGCGCAAUGGGCGGACGAGGAAGAGCCUGCUUUGACCCAGGAACCUGAGCCCAUCGAGCCCAGCAAUGUUGCUGAGGACGAAUGGGCUGAGACUCCAUCGAAGAAGUCCAAGAAAUCCAAGAAGUCGAAGAGGUCAAGCUCGAACUGGGAGGACGAGGAGGCGACGCCCACUGACGACCGGCGCAUUUCUGUACCGGUUGACGCCUUCAAGGACCUCCAAGAUGACAAGACUGCCAAUGCGGACGAGGAAUGGGACACGCCGAAGAAGUCUAAGAAGAAGUCUAAGCGUGAUUCCGCGGCAUACGACUCACCAUCUCGAUCAGAGUCUAUUGCUCCAUCAGAGGCUUCUACCGGAAGUUCGAGGGACAAGUCCAAGAAGAGUAGCCGGCGGAAGAGUGGACAGGAUUACGAGAGCUCGUCCAAGGGCUACGAUAUACCUGAAGAUGAGCCACCCGACAGACGAGACAGAAAGCGCGACUCGUAUAAACCAAUCGACCGUGAUGUCAGCUCUGUAGUCUCAGACCCUGCUGCAAGAUAUGAUCGCUUUGACAGCAGGUCAGUGGCUAGCCGAGAUGAUGACGAACUGGGAUCCGUUGUUUCUGCUCCUACUGGCUCUGAACCGCGAAGGAAGAGCAGCAAAUCUGAGAAGAGGAGCAGUAAAGAAGAGAAGCGAAGUAGUGGCAGCUUCUUUGGCCUAUUCGGCAAAUCAAACGGCACUGAGGAGAAGGAAAAGGAAAUCUCCAAGUCAUCAAAGGACGGUAAGAAGGAGCAGUCUUUUUUAGAUAAUGCCGGCACUCUUGGCGCGGGUGCCGGCUUAGCGGGAGCCGUUGCCGCAUACCUCUCUCGUUCUAACGCCACCGACGCUCCGUCGGAAAAGGAGACGUCUGAUAUUGAUCUCGAACCCGCGCAAAAGCAGACCUCAAGCCGGGAAGUCGAGAUCCUUGAUCCUGAGAUUGUUCACAGGGUCAUCAAACCUGCUAUUGACCCUCAGUAUGGAGACCUAUUACCACUCCCGCCCAGCGAGCCUGGCUCACCGCACUGGGAGUCGGAAGACCUUCCUGCAUUGCCGGACAGUCGACCCAACACUCCCCCGGAGCAAGAAAGGGCCUUGCUCCGCGACAAGCUUCACACACAUGUGAGAAGACGAAGUGCUUAUGAGACGCCUAUCAAGUCUCCAAGUCAUACAGCUAUACCGAUCCAAUUCCGCAUUGGCCAGCGCUCUGUGCCAUCGUCUCCUGGCAUCAUACGCUCCUCUCCCAUCCCUUCAAUGCCUUCGCCUUCCACUCCUACAAUUGAGCUAGGUAGUGCACCUCCGAAGCGACUAUCUCGACCGACGUCCUGGGACAGCAGCAGAGAAAUUAAGCCUCUCUAUCUCCUAGAGCAGGCAGGCCGUUCCAGUUCUCAUGUCACGGACGAUGACUUUGACUCUACAGACUUACCGCCGCUACCGCCGUCUAGAGAAUCUCCAGGACCCGAGUACGAGGUCAAGCAGGAAGACGUAGAGUACUUCCGUCUCAACCCGUCUGAGCGGGACGUGCCUCCUCUGCACGUCGACACGUCUGUCCGCGAUGCAACGCAUCCUGACGAUCAACUGGGAUCUCAGGACUCGACUCCAAAGGCGGAGCAAGCACCGCCAUUUGAACAGCCACUUGAGCAACACAAUCUCGGUAGCGAGUCUGAAGAUGCCUUUGAGGACGCAGAAGAACAUAUACAGCGCUCCAUAUCCCCAAGCCCCACUCCUCAUGAGCCCAUUACCGAUGACCUUCCAACUCUCCCACGGAUGCAUGACGAAAUUGAGCGACCAUGGGAUGAUAUCACUGAGGGUCAUCAUACGCCUGCCCCGGUUGAUCCUGUCUCUAAGGAUCGCAGUUCAUACUUACUACGCUCCACUCCUCGAUCUGCUGAAGGCGACAUCAUUGAGCGAUCUUCGCCACCUUCACCAUCUCCAAAAGCGGUAGUUGAGCCAAAGUUUAAUCAUGAUGAUCUUGCUUUAGGCACCGCACUUGGCGUUGCAGCUGGUGGACUCGUCACAGCCGCUAUGCUACACAGCGACGAUGCUACAAGCCAAGGUACCUCAACUCCGGUUCAAGCCUCACGAGACACCGAAAUCAGCAAGGACUUGUCUUCGACACCAGGAGACCAUCCGCCUGCGCAGAUAGACUCUCGGGCGGGUAAAGACUUGGACCUACCUUCAGAGAACCUCGCUUCUGCGGAGACGUCUGACUACGUUGGCGGUGCGGAGUCUGAAGCUCAGGAAUUCAGCUUUGUCCCGUCCAAGAAAGGCAAAAAGGGCAAGAAGGGUCGCAGAAAUUUGAUUGAGGAAGACGGGCCGUUGGCUUUAGCCAAGUCUGAAGUCUUGAGCGAACCAUUCACCGCUAACAUUAAGGAGACUCCACCUUCUGAGGCGACGAUGGAUGAAUGGGCAUUUCCUACGACUUCCAAGAAAGGCAAGAAAAAGAAGAAAUCUCAAUUUGAGUCAUGGGAGCCCGAGUUUGAUGGCCCUCAAAUUCAAGACGCACCACAGGCUAUUGAUGAUCUCCCGGCUGCUGAAUCUCUUCCGAGCGAUGUCCAGGAGUCAACCCAGGAACAGAACUUGCGAGAGACACCUCUGCUCGAACGUUCGUCAAGCGCCUCAAAGAAGGGGAAGAAGAAGGGCAAAAGAUUUAGCGCCUGGGAGCUCGAAGAACCAAGUCAACAUGAGCCCCUCAGUCAGCCAAACAUCGAAGAUGUGCCUCUCGUCACUACGGAAGUCGGGCAGCCAUCUACAAAAGACAACAUCGACUUGUCUGCUACAAUCCGUGAGGCUUCUCCCAUCACCGAGGAUUUUUCUCUCUCCCUGAGCAAGAAGGAUAAGAAAAAGAAGAAGGGGAAGAAAGCUCAAGCUUGGGAGCCUGAGGACGAUGGCUUUCAAGCACCUGCCCGUGGCAUUAGUUCUGAACCUAGCAGAGAUAUUGUGGACGUGCCAUUGUCUACUUCAGGUACCGGGGAAGCAUCCCGGGACAUUGAUCUGGGUCCGGACCAGCUCUCCCGAUCUCAUGAAGCGGUGAAGAGCGGUGAAUCGGAAAUAGAAAACUUACCAACCUCCACCAAAGCCACCCCUGCUGGUGGCCCCGGCGCCUGGGUGCCCACGCCCGCCACCGCCGGAUCUCAGCCUGGCGAGACGGGCUAUUUUCCUUCGGCUCCCACGGUCCAUAGACCUUCUGUCAGUGAAGGAUCUCAAGUGGACGAAAAGAAGGGCUAUUUCCCCUCGGCUCUGUCCAUGCUCCCGAUCACGGCACCGCUUGCUGCUGUCGGGUCCUUGUUUAGCAGAGGCAAGCGCGACAAGAAGGACAGCGAAUCUGGCGAUAUUGACAGCGAGGACGUCACGGAGCAGCCAGGUGUCCCAAAUACGCUGGACGAGUCACAAAGAGCCCCGGUGCAAACAAUCCAUUCGAGCGAUCAGUUGAGCUCUUCACCAACCGCCAAUGUAUUGGUGGAGCCGAGUGGGGCCAGCGCUGACAUGGCGCUCCGUGACGGCUUAAGCGAGGACAAAUCACUGGGAGACACACCAUCAAGCGCUGUGGACACCACUGAUUUGCUGCCCGAUGCGCUGCCUACAGCGCCUGAAGCCACUGAACUCUCGGUUGCUGAGCACCAGCCUCCCCAGCCUAUUUCUUCUGAGAGCGCUGUCUACGAGCAACGAACUGCGUCCCCAACGCCUCGUGACAUUCAGUUUGACGAUAUCCUGCCCAUUCCAAGCGGCGAGGAUGAGAGCAGCAUGGAACCAAUAAUCGAAGAACCCAGUAAUGUGGCUGACGACAAGCCAAUAAGCACUGUUGACUGGGAGCAGGAAACCGGAAGCAGGAAGAAGGGCAAGAAAGGCAAAAAGAAGAGACAGAGCUUACAGGAUGUCUCUCAGUCGCCCACCAUUCAGGAAGCUGGUCUGCCUGCUACCGACCCCGAUCUUGCUCGAGAUGAGCCGUCUUCGAUUGUAACGGAUGACCUCAGGUCUCUUCCUAUCGCUGACCCUGCUGUGGAUAUCUGGCCCUCAGAUCAAGCUGAGACAGAUACUUUCACACCAAGCAAGGCUAGCAAGAAGUCUUUAAAGAAGAGUAAAAAGCGAAUGGACUCAGUCCAGCUUGUUCCUUGGGAAGAUGACGUACCUCAAAAUGUCGAGGAUGAAUCGAAGGGCGAAGACAUCGCCCCCGAGACCUUAGAAUCUUUGGACUCCGAAGUUACUCGGGCCACUGCUGAAGGAAGCUCCCAGGAACUACCAGGCACGUCACCGUCAAGCAAGAAAUCCAAGAAGGAGAAGAAACGGCUCCGUGCAUCGCGGACUCUCUCUUGGAGCGAUGACAUGGUCACAGACAGCGCGGAUGAUCCAAGUACACGCGCAGCAUCGGUGGACACGGAGAAUCUCAACUGGGACGACCUCAAACCAAGUCGACUUACUGUCUUCAGUGACGUCGGCGUGAAUGACGAGGAACAGUCGGAAGCUGACUGGGAUACUCCACGGAAGGGCAAAAAGGGGAAGCAAAAGCAAGAGACUUCACAACAGGCUGCCGACGACAGUGCCGCAUUGAGUGAGUCCGUGCAAUCUGAACAAAUUUCUAAGGAGUCUGCUGGAGACAGUGCAGCUCAAGACACCGAGUCUCAGGGCCUUGAUGAUUUCCAGUUCACGUCGAAAAAGGGGAAAUCAAGCAAGAAGAAGAAGCGACAAAGUGUAACAUGGGCUGAUUCAAGAGAGGAAAGCCCUCUUGGAACUUCCAGAUUGGCUACGCAGGACCUACCCGCGCAGGAGGUUAGGGAGUUGUCACCGAUCUCCCCUGUCCGAAAGGAUGUCCUGUUCCCGGAAGUUGAGAGCAAUCAGACUGCCACUCAAGCGGUGGCCAAGGACACUUUAGAGCAUGAACUGAGCUCUACACUGCCUCCCGUUGUGUCUGUUACAGAGUCAGUACCGGCCAUGCCAGAAAUCUCGACAGAGUUGAGCCAGCAAGAGCCUCUGCAAGUGUCGGAACCAAUUGAGGCUCCAAUAGAGUCCCGCGAGAUCCCGGCUCUCCAUGAUGUCCAAGAGCCAAUUGCUUUGCCUGCAACUCCUGAGACCGAUACAAAGACGGCCCUUACCAUUUCUGAUCCUGAACAUGAGCUAAAGAACGUUCCGAUUGAGGAAGAGUUGCAGCAAGAGCCUGCUAAAUCAGCAGCUGAAACAAGCAAUGUGCUUGAAACCCCCCCGACAGUUGAGGCUGUUGCCGCUGAGAACAUCCAAAGUUCCUCUAAAGAGAUUCCUCGUGAUCCCGAAGCAUCUACUGCCAUUGCUGAGGACGAAUUCCCCAUGACCACCAAGAAAUCUAAGAAGGACAAGAAGAAGCGCAAGAGCAAGACUCAGGAUGAGCUCGAGGAAACAUCACAGGAUACUGGCAAGGAUCAAAUGGGCGAGUCCACAGCAGGGGAAAAUAUAGCCAAGGAGCUAGUUGCAGCUCCUGUGCUCGAAGAGGUCUCAUACGCGACUAGACCGGCUGACCUCGAACCGGAAUCCUUGCCAAAGGAACUUGAAGAGGAGCCUGCUGAAACCUUUGUGCUCAAGAAGUCAAAGAAGGAAAAGAAGAAACGCAAGAGCAAGGUUCAGGAUGACUUCGACUCUCUUUCAGGGGCGACAACACCAGUUACACAACCGGUGUUGGGUGAUGAUGCUCCUGUUGCGUCACCGGAUGUUCCUUUGGAACCUCAAGAGGAGAACAUCGCAUCAAACUUGACACCCGAGCUUGACCUUGGCUCUCAGCAGGAAGCCCCUGUCGAUGACGAUUUUUCGUGGGCAUCGACGACUAAGAAAUCGAAGAAGGACAAGAAGAAAGGCAAAGGCAAGAGCUGGGACGAAUUUGAGCCUCCAACUGAGACAGCAUUGCCCACAGAAGACACUAGUACACAACUAGAGCCUAGCCAGGCUUUGGCAGAGUCGAAGGAAUUAGAUACAGCGAGUCAAGAGGCCGCUUCACAGACGAAGGACAUCAGUGAGCCGACCCAAGACGAGAAUGCCCCCACAAUCUUGGCUUCUCAAUCAGAUCAACCAACGGAACAAGAUCCGGUUGUGGACGAUGAGUUUUCCUGGGCACCCACGAUGAAAACGUCCAAGAAGGACAAGAAGAAACGCAAGAGCAAAAUCCAGGACGACUUUGAGUCUGUUUCUGGCACGGUGACACCGUUACCAGAGGAAUCGAGGACGCUUGAUGUGCCAUUUGAUAAUUCAAGUCCUCAGCAGCCGUCUCUUGAACAGAUAUCCCUCGGCUCGGAUAUUUUGACUGAAGAGCCGCAACAACUUUCAACGGAGCCCGACACAAUCGUCGAAGAUGAGCCUUCCGACUUCUUUGUUACGAAGAAGUCGAAGAAAGACAAGAAAAAGAAGUCUCUGUCUCUUGACGUUGGCGCUUCCGAGGACUCGCCUGCUGAGACCAGUAAGGCUGACGAGAGUGUCGCAUCUCUAACUCAGUCGCGGGAAGAGCCAUCCACAACCAUUGCCGAGCAAGCCAAAGAUGAUGAUUGGGCAAGCUUCUCUACCCUAAAGAAGUCCAAAAAGGAUAAGAAAAAGAAGCGUGCCUCGGUCUCCUGGGCCGAGCCAGAGACUGAGAGCGGAAGCCAAACGCCUGCUGUGGACGAGUUGCCUGAAGCCUCCAGAGCCAUUGAGGACAUCACAAUUCCUGCGGAGCUUGUCGAAGACAAGACAAUCCAACUGGAUGACUUGAAACCAGAAGACAUUGAGCCUCCUUCAACUUCGACCGAUUCUCUAUCGAAAUCAGAGCUAGAGAGUAAGGUAGACGAUGGGGAUGACACUUUGAUUGUUGCCGGUGGCACGAUACCAGAGCGGCCAAUACCUUUGCCUGAGUUGGAGGCGAAAGUGGACGAUCUUGCAGAUACCACAAUUGUUGCGGGUGGAUCCCUACCGGAACAGCAUGAACUCAGGCCCUCUACGGUCGAGCACCUUCAACACGAGCAGAGCGAUUUCCCACCUGUCACCGAGGAUCUCACGCUGAAGACUGCUGUUCCAGUACCUGCAAGCGUCAUCUCUGACGAGCCGAAGCCCAGCAACGAGGCUAAGGAGCCUUCAGAACCUCAGACAGCCCAUGAUGAUGACUUGUCAAAGGAUCUAGCAAGCCCUUCAAAUAUUGAAGAGCCCUUUGUCACGCCUAGCGAAUUUGUCCCUGUCAUGACCGAGGAAUCAGAAUCAACGGACGUAACGCCUUUAAAGGCUGAAGGGCAAGAACCUGAGGGAGUUUCUGAAUUCUUCACUACCAAGAAAUCCAAGAGGGACAAGAAAAAGAAACGAGCCAGCCAAGUGCAGGACUUUGAGUCUCAGCCGUCAUCUUUGCCCGAAACGCCCUUUGAGACACCAUUCGAAGACUCACGCCAACUAAGCCUUGGUCAAGAGGAGCCCACACCAAUGGCUGACGAGGAGGUCAAAGAUGUCAGGGCCGUCGCCGAGGAGGGUUACUUUGAGCCCCUGCCGGGUAAAAAGUCCAAGAAAGACAAGAAGAAGGCGAAGAAGAUGUCUCCGAGUGCCUUUGACUCCGAUGCAGUCCCGAACUCCACGACUGAGGAGCCCGAGGCUAUAGUCACUUCAGACACCCAAGCGCCAUCAUCUGAAGGCCAAGACGUCAAGAAAGACGGCCCUACAGCUCUACAUGCUCCCGAAAGCCAGGAAGCAACAGCAGAUACCAGUUCUAAGGAUACAGAGGAUGACUUCUUCCCUACCACUAGAAAGAUGUCCAAGAAAGACAAGAAGGCUAAGAAGUCGUCCUUCAAUCCUUUUGACCCAGAGCCGUCGUCCGUCACAUCCUUGGAGAAUGUCGAAGCUAUUGCUACUCAAGAGACAGAAGAGCCAUCAUCCAAGACCCAGGAAGCAGCAGAGAUUGCCCCUGAAACUCCGGAAAAUCAACUAUCCAUCGAUAUUGAGGCUGACACAGUACCUACCAGCUCGAAGGAAGUCGAAGAGGACUUAUUUCCCAUCACAAGAAAAGCGUCCAAGAAAGACAAGAAGAAGGCAAAGAAGCUUGCUCAGCAAUCCUGGGAUGAAAUAGAAUCACCGCAGAUUGAAGACCAAAAAGAGCCUGUCGUUCAGGACGAGGUGUCACCACAAUGCCAAGUACAGGAGCAGUCAAACGUCGAGAACAAGGAUGUAUCUUCGGAGCAACAAGUGCAUGUAGCCACGCCAGAACCAGAGAUGGCAGAGGCACAGGAUGCCGAGGAUUUCUCGGGGCUCACUCGCAAGAAAUCCAAGAAGGACAAGAAAAAGGCCCAGAAGCUUGCCCAGCAGUCCUGGGAUGAACCGGAACCAGUUAUUCCGGAGAAUUUUGACAAUCAAGGCACUGCGGCCGGCCAUGAUAACUUGGUCGCUGAAGAACAGCUGAUUGAGGAGAAGCAGCCUGACGCUGUGGGCCCCCUCGAAGCAGAGACAAGCGAGGCAAAUAAUACAGUCAAGGAAAUGGUUUCAGAAACAGAACAGGAUUCCCAGCCGACCCUUACCCGGAAAAUGUCCAAGAAGGAAAAGAAAAAGGCCCAAAAACUUGCCCAAUUCUUGGACGAAACGGAGCCGGCGGCUGUGGAUGAAAUCUCGUCUACAGACGUUCAUGUUGCGGGAACACAACCUAUUGCCUUAGAGGGUCAAGCAGCUGAUAUUUCGCAAGACACACUUCAAACCUUUGAGGAGUCAGUGUCCAAAGAGCCCGGGGUUGAGGACUUCGCGCCAAUCACUCGUAAAAUGUCUAAGAAAGACAAGAAAAAGACAAAGAAACUAGCCGAGACUUCGUGGGAAUCUGAAGACAUUCCAAUUGAAGAAUCAGUGCAAGCCUCGACCGGGCUUAAGGCCGAGGCCGAGUCUAUUCCCAUCGACAAGGAUUUCACUGAAACGACGAGAUCUGUACAGCAUGACACCUCGAAAGACUUGCCCACGAGCUCUCAGGAUAUGACCUCGGCCUCCGAAGCUCAAGAGGGGCCCGCCACCGAAGACUGGCCGGUAGUGACGCGAAAACCGCCAAAGAAAGAUAAGAAGAAGGCAAAGAAACAAACUCUUUCUUGGGACGAACCGGAGCAAGAGUCGAGCGACGUGCCCGAAGCUUUGCCCAGCGGUGCUCCCGUUGAUGACAACCUAACUCAAGAAAGCGGCGAACUUACAAUAGACAGUUCUCCACCUGAACAGCGGGACCCGAAGUCCGAGGUAAUUGCUGAGCAAGUUGAGCCAGGAAUCAGUGCUCCAAAGGAGGCUGAGGCUCAGGACUUCGGCUUCAGUAUUUCUCGCAAAACGUCAAAGAAGGACAAGAAACGAAAGGGCUCAAAACAAGCCGAUUCCAAAGAACCAUCUGGCGCCCAAACGCCUACAGUUCAGGAAGCAACAGACAACGCAACACCGGCUCCCUUCGACACUGAUAUGCCUCGAGCUGAUCCUGGCGUUGAAUUCAUCGAGCAAAGUGACAAUACCGUGGAGCCUGUAGACGUCUUUGCCGACAUUCCGAAGAAGUCCAAGAAAGAUAAGAAACGUCGCAAGAGCUCUGCCAUAGUCGCAGAGCAAACGGAAGCUUCUGAUCCGUCAAACGAGUCUGCAGAGCAAUCAGUGUCAGAGGCUGUUAUGAUACAACCUACUGAGGAGGCUGUUACGUCUAAGUUCAUGGAUCAGGACGCAAUCACUACUACAGCUUCCCCGGACAUCUGGGAUAACGAUGAUUACUUCAAACCCCGUGCCGCAGAGGAGAAAGAUAUCCCACCUGCUGAGCCACCUUUCGAGCGCGUGGAGAUUCAUCCUGUCGUAGCUCGGGAAUUGGGUGCUUCUCCUGAUAAAGGAAUUGGCGCCGCUGUCCCGGAACGACCUCUGGUUGGACUAGGACUGAUUCCCCGCCACUCGUCAAUUUUUAAUGAAAGCGAGGGCUAUGCGCCGAAGUUGUUGACCAUGACAAGCGAUACCCCGUCAACAGAGGCUCGGGACACCCCAAGAUUCCAGUCCCCAGACGUUAUCACUCAGACAGGCAGCCCUGAAGCAUUGAAAGUGGGCGAUGUGGAUUUGACCCCAGCUCAGCAUCGUAGCAGCAUCUCACAUGAGCCGCCAUUUGACGCCUCAGGGCCCGACAAGAGGGUCAAGACGAGAGAGGCCGACAAUAUAGCUUUACCAGAGCAGUCAAGGCCAUUGCCGCCAAACGACACAGCCCCCGUCCAUGAGUCUGGUCUGUCCUCCCGUGAGAUAGCUGCUGAGUUCUUGGAGAAGGGACACGAGACAUCUCCAAGCCGCAAAAUCGAAAGAGAGGCCGAACGCGUGAAGACAGAAACCGAGGAGGCAAGUCUGACCGCGUCCGAACGGGUAUCAUCGUCUCUAGACCACGAAACAACCCACAACCAGGAAGCAACAUCAGCUCGCGAGAUAGCUGCAUUAUAUUUGGAACAUGAGCACGACCUGAAGAAAGCGGACAGCCCACGAGCACCAUCGCCUGCUGACGACAGUUCAAAGGCUGGUGCUGUUGCUGCUGCUGGGGCACUUACCGGGGGUGUAGCUUUACUGGCCCAAAAAUUCGGGGGUAGUAAGAAGGCUAAGGGUAAGAAAAAGAGCAAGUCAAAGUAUGUGGAUAAGCGUACGCCGCAGGAGGAUGACAUGUUUGAUGACCCCUCGCUAUGGGAAGGGGCUGAUCGCAAGCCAAUGGAGGGUUCGAGGAUGGAUGCAGAUACGGCCACUUUCUGGGACGUUCCUGCAGAGUCUGAGGAAAGAGAAGCACACCAGGAGGUUACGACGAAGGCAAGAGAUAUUUUGGAUGACUCUGAAAUUGCAGAGAGUCCUGUGCUCGGCCGUGGUGUAAAUGAGGGUGCUAUGAUCGUUGAUAGAUCGAUCUCGCCCGCACGAAAUGUGAGGGGUGACAUUCACGAUGAAUGUGUCUCGACAGACUCUCUUCCAGGAGGCGUGGCAAUGGAUUUGGACAAGCACGAAGAAAAGGAGGUUCGUACAUUACCAACACCCCGCUCCCCAAGCCCACCGCCUCACCAGCCUGAGUCGGUGAUGAUUGAGGAGCCCGUGUUGAGAUCCAUCGAACCAGAAGACGACGUAUCGUUCGCGGUCUCCACACCUACCAUCGACUUCAGCCGCUCCCUCUCAAGAGGAUUACCGCCCGUACAAGAAGACCCUGCCGAAGAAGUCGAAGCUGAGAGACAUGAUUCUGUUAUUCGAGAACAACCCCGACGACUCCUCGCUACGCCGGAUGUAAACAGAGACAGCGGCUUCAUGGCCGAGUCUCCGAUUCCUCGACAACGCAGCUACCACGAGGACGGACAGAUUCGCGAUAGCGGUGUCCAUCUGCGCGACUUCCCCGAUUCUUCGCCGAGACAAGUCAUGCGAGGCUUUAGCCCAGAACCUACAAAGCUAUCUCGGUCAAGCGCAGAUCCCCAGACACCAGAACCGCGAAAGGCGGAUACUGACAAGCAGCCACGAUCCAAACCAAAGUAUCCCGAGCUCAGCCCAGCGGUUUCAGGCGGCGCGGCGCUUGCAGCGGGCGCUGCUGUCGCUGCCGCAGGACAAAGAAGCGUUUCCGAUAAUACCAGCACCAGCCAGCGAGCAUCUCCCCAGCCUCACAGUUUCGCCCGGCGAUCAGCAUCCAAUACCAGCAUCUCGCGUAUGCGGACACCAGAGCCGCUCAACUUGCGGCCUGAUAGUCCAGGCAUCAUCCGGCACUCAGCCACCCCGCCUCUUAGGCGAGUGGACAAGCGAGUUAGCGGCGACUUGCGAUCUCUCAGCCAACGCAGCGAGACCGACCUUGCUCGUUCAGCUCUGUCCGCCUCCAAAACCCCAACCCCAGCAGCCGGGGAAGCGCCCGACCUCACCCGCGCCGCGCAAAACAACACACCCAUCGCCAACGAAGGUCGUGUCCGCACCAAGGACAUGACCGACGUCUAUGAUGGCUUCGGCGAGGGCCGCAUCGGCUCCCCGCGCUCACCGACCAGACCUCACAGCAUGCGCCGACGCCAGAGCAUGCAGGUUCUCGAGCUCGAAUCCAAGGUCGAGCAAUUAAUAGCAGAAAACCGCCUUCUCAGCGAAGCUCGUGCACAAGCAGAACACCACCUCGGUAACCGUGCUGCCAGCGUAUUGGCCGAACGUGAUACUGAGAUUGAUACCCUCAAACAAUCAAUCGAUUUCCUCCGCAAAGAAGUCGAACGGCUGACCGAAGUCAACGAAGGGCUUAGCAGUGCAAAUGCCACCAUUGCUAUACAGCACAAUGACAGAUACCGACAACUCGAGACGGAGCAUGCCGAUGCUGCCCGCGAGCUCGCACAAGCGCGAGGCGCCCACGGCAGCUAUUCCCAGACACUGCAAGAGAAGGAUGCCGAAAUCGAGAAGCUCCGCGCGGAGCUCGAGUCAACGAAAGAACAGAUCCGCGAGAUGCAGCGCCAGAUCCUGACACAAAAUCCAGUCGACACCGAAUUCCUCGACAUAAGGGACGUUGACCACUUCGACCAUCGUUGUCAACAACUAUGUUCACAUGUCCAGCAAUGGGUUCUGCGCUUCUCCAAGUUCUCCGACAUGCGCGCCUGUCGCUUGACAAGUGAGAUAAACGACGAAAAGAUCAUCGAUCGACUUGAUAAUGCGGUCCUCGAUGGCUCUGAUGUCGAUCACUACCUCAAUGACCGGGUCAAGCGCCGCGACAUCUUCAUGUCUAUGACCAUGACCAUGGUAUGGGAGUUCGUCUUUACCCGUUACCUCUUCGGCAUGGACCGCGAACAAAGACAAAAGUUGAAGUCUUUGGAAAAACUUCUUCUGGAAGUCGGACCUCCACAAGCGGUCCGCCAGUGGCGAGCCGUGACUCUCACCCUCCUCUCCAGGCGUGAUGCUUUUAAAGAUCAGCGCGAACAAGACACAGAGGCAGUGGUACAAGCUAUCUUCCAGACUCUGUCGGUAAUACUGCCUCCACCUUCCAACCUGGAGGACCAGAUCCAGACACAGCUCCGUCGCGUCAUGCGCGAAGCUGUAGAUCUCGCAAUCGAAAUGCGCACCCAGCGUGCAGAGUACAUGAUGCUGCCGCCUCUGCAACCAGAAUAUGAUGCGAACGGCGACCUGACUGAGACCGUGCACUUCAAUGCGUCGCUCAUGAAUGAGCGCUCGGGGGAUAAUGUCAGUAAUGAGGAGCUCGAGUCCCACGGCUCCGUCGUGCGGGUCGUGCUGUUUCCACUUGUCGUCAAGAAGGGCGACGACAACGGUGUUGGCGACGACGAGAUCGUAGUGUCGCCGGCACAGGUCCUCGUUGCCAAGCCCAGCAGCAGCAGGCGGUCGAUCCGGAUGGUCACGCCGUCCUCGGACGCCGGCGGCGUCAGCCUGUUGCGCGGAGGCAGCCCGUCCACAGCUCCCAACAGGAGCAAUGUGAGCAUGGCGCAGCCAGAGGCAGAAUACUUGGAGGGAGGGAUCUAA